AUGACGUGGGAACCGCAGCCGGAUGGUCUGAGCCAGAUCAUAACGCUUCUGAAGCAGUCACAAUCGACGGACAACGCGAUGCAGCGUUCCGUGCAGAUGAAACUGGAAGAGCUCAACCUGUACCCGGAUUUUAACAACUAUCUAAUCUACGUGCUAACGAAGCUAACGUCGGAGGAUGAACCGACCCGUUCGCUGUCCGGAUUGAUCCUGAAAAACAACAUUCGCAUCCAUGGAACGCACCUGCAACCGGCUAUCAUCGAGUACAUUAAGCAGGAGUGUCUCAUGGCUCUCGGGGACCCGUCACCGUUGAUCCGAGCCACCGCCGGCAUCCUCAUCACCACCAUCGCCAACAAAGGCGGUCUACAGAAUUGGCCGGAACUGUUGCCCACACUGUGCGACAUGCUCGACUCGCAGGACUACAGUGUGUGCGAAGGUGCGUUUGGCGCGCUGCAGAAAAUUUGCGAAGAUUCGGCCGACACGCUCGACAGCAAUGCCCUGAAUCGGCCGCUCAACGUGAUGAUACCGAAGUUUCUGCAAUUUUUCCGCCACUCGAGCCCGAAAAUUCGCUCCAACGCCAUCGCUUGCAUCAACCAGUUCAUUAUCAAUCGCACCCAAGCGCUGAUGGUCCACAUCGACACGUUCAUCGAGAAUUUGUUCCACCUAUCGUCAGACGAUGAUCGCGAGGUGCGCAAGAAUGUGUGCCGCGGCCUGGUGAUGCUGCUGGAAGUGCGCAUGGACCGGCUGAUGCCGCACAUGAACAACAUCAUCGAGUACAUGCUGGUCCGCACGCAGGACUCGGACGAAACGUCGCUGGAAGCUUGCGAGUUUUGGCUGACGCUGGCCGAGCAGAGCAUCUGCAAAGAGGUGCUCACACCCCAUCUGGCCCGCCUGGCACCGGUGUUGGUGCGCGGUAUGAAGUACUGCGACAUUGACAUCAUCAUCCUGAAAGGGGACGUCGAGGAGGACGAAAUGAUUCCGGAUCGCGAGGAGGACAUCAAGCCACGGUUCCACAAGUCACGAACGCACACGCAAAAGUUCUCUGGCAGUGCUGUGGCAGGCCUCGGAGUGGGCCUUGGGGGAGAUGCGGGCGGUACGGGCGGGCGCUCGAUGGACGGCAAUGACGAGGAUGAGGACAUCGAUGAUCCGUACGACGAUAUGGAUGACGAUACGAACCUGUCUGAUUGGAACCUGCGCAAGUGUAGCGCGGCCGCUCUGGAUCUGCUGGCGAACGUAUUCAAGGACGACUUCCUGCCAAUCUUGCUACCGAUCCUGAAGGAAACGCUCUUCCACCAGGAAUGGGUGGUGAAGGAAAGUGGCAUCCUGGCCCUGGGCGCCAUUGCCGAGGGGUGCAUGAACGGAAUGGUUCCCCAUCUGCCGGAGCUAAUACCGUAUCUGAUCGCUUGUCUGUCGGACAAGAAAACGCUCGUCCGGUCGAUCACUUGCUGGACCCUGUCCCGCUACGCCCACUGGGUGGUCAGUCAGCCGCACGAUCAGUACCUAAAGCCGCUGAUGGAGGAGCUGCUGAAGCGCAUUCUGGAUGCCAACAAGCGCGUCCAGGAGGCCGCUUGCUCCGCGUUUGCCACGCUCGAGGAAGAGGCGUGCACCGAGCUGGUGCCGUACCUAAGCUUCAUCCUCAAGACGCUCGUGUUUGCGUUUGGCAAGUAUCAGCACAAAAACCUGCUCAUACUGUACGAUGCGAUCGGAACGUUGGCCGACUCGGUCGGUCACCACCUCAACAAGCCCGAGUACAUUAACAUGUUAAUGCCGCCGCUGAUCCAGAAGUGGAACAUGCUGAAGGACGAAGACAAGGAUCUGUUUCCGUUGCUCGAGUGUCUGUCGAGUGUGGCCACGGCCCUGCAGUCGGGAUUUUUACCGUACUGCGAACCGGUGUACCGGCGAUGCAUCUCGCUCAUCCAACAGACGCUCAACCAGGACCUGGCCAGCACAACCAGCCCCGGGCAGUACGAGGCACCGGAUAAGGAUUUUAUGAUUGUCGCGUUGGAUUUGCUGUCGGGAUUGGCGGAAGGCUUGGACGGACACAUAGAGACGCUCGUGGUGAGCAGCAACAUUAUGCAGCUACUUUACCAGUGCAUGCAGGACACGAUGCCGGAGGUCCGGCAAUCGUCCUUUGCCCUGCUGGGUGAUUUGACGAAAGCCUGCUUCCAGCACGUCCAUCCUCACAUCGCGGACUUUUUGCCCAUUCUCGGUCACAAUCUGAACCCAGAGUUCAUCUCCGUGUGCAACAACGCAACGUGGGCCAUUGGCGAGCUCAGCAUUAAGUUAACGGACGAAACCAAACCGUACAUUCCGAUGGUGCUGUCGCAGUUAAUAGAAAUCAUCAACAACACCAGCACGCCGAAAACGUUGCUCGAAAAUACCGCUAUAACAAUCGGACGUCUAGGUCUCGUGUGUCCCGUAGAGGUGGCUCCAUCAUUGCAACAGUUUGUGCGACAGUGGUGCUCUUCGCUGCGCAACAUCCGGGACAAUGAGGAGAAGGAUUCCGCCUUCCGCGGCAUGUGCCAGAUGAUCACAGUCAACCCGGUCGGUGUGGUUCCCGAUUUCAUUUUCUUCUGCGACGCGGCCGCUUCGUGGAUGAACCCGAAAAAAGAUUUGCACGAAAUGCUGCAGAAGAUUCUGCAAGGAUUCAAGAUCCAGGUUGGAGACGAAAAUUGGAGUCGCUUCGUGGAGCAGUUCCCACCGCAGCUCAGCGAACGGUUGGCCCUGAUGUAUAACAUAUAAACGGAACCGUGUGUUGCGAACAAUUGCUUCACCA